AUGACACACUGGCAGUGUAGGUGGGCCCUGCCCUGGGCCAUGCUCCUGCUUCUCUUAGUUUUCCAGCUCCUAGUUAUUCACAGAUGGAAUUCCCAAGAGGAGAAAGACAGUGACACGGAAAGUCAUUUCCCUGCCACUGUGGAGUAUGCCUUACACAUAUUCAACCUGCAGAGCAAGGACAUGAAGGCCUACAGACUGGUGCGCAUCCUAAAUUCCUGGAAGGAGCAGGUAGAAGACGACCUGGCGUUCUCCAUGGAGCUGGAGCUUCGCAGAACCAAAUGUGGGAAAUUUGACGAAGACAUUGACAACUGUCCCUUUCAAGAAAGCUCAGAGCUGAACGAUACUUUCAACUGCUUCUUCACCAUUGGUACGUGCUGGGAAACAACCUUCUAUCUCUUGCACAAGAUCUGCUUGGAGGGCUUCCACUGA